CCGAAUUGUCUUUCAGUUUCAUUUUUUCUGUUCACGGAUCAAAAAAAAAUCUGAGCUGAUAAUGAUGUGCUUGCCUUUUGCCUUUGCCACGACUGAAUUAAAUAUCAAAAAUCAAAAUUAAAAAUAAAAUAAAAUAACCCCUCAAUUUUGAAAGUUUGAAUUGCGCGCGCUACGAAGAUCCAGUGAGGAAACGGACGCACCUGAUUGGCUAAUGAUAAGGUUUAGUUGCGGAUUUUGUGCUUGUGUGUGUUGUGGGCACGUGGGUCGAGUGUAGAUUUUAGAUGAUAAGGAUGGUGAUGCCGGUGAUGGUCUCGUCUCGUUGAUUGUGUUGUGAAACUCAUGUAAAAUUUGAAGUAAUGAAUAGUUUUCUGUUAGUAAAAAGUAAUCAAUUUUGAAUUUCUCAUCUUCGAAAUAAGUAGAAAAAUUCCUAAAGCAUGAGUUCCAAAGUCAACUCAAAAGUACCUUGCCCUGUUCAUCACAGAAGUAAAUAUUACGAUGUCAUGGUGAAAGUGGGUACCGAUGUUUAUUACUUGGAUAAAUUUCAACUGGCUUCGAAAUCGGACUACUUCGAGAAAUUAUUAAUCGAGUAUUCUGACCAACAAGAAUGCAUUUCGAUAGAACUAUCAGUAAUGGAUACCGAAACAUUCUCUACCAUAGCUGACAUAAUAUACGGGCAGUCUUUGAAUUCUGUCUUACGCCACCGUAAUUACGUUGACUUAAUAAUGGCUAUGGAUUACUUACAAAUGGAAAUAGAUCUGCAAACCUGCGAAAAAUUCAUCAAGUGUAAUCUGAACAAUCUACACGAGAGUAUAUUCAAACUAUACAACUUCGUUCGAGAGAAUCCAAAUUUACAAUGCUUGUUACCGUCAGUUUUUGAAUAUUUAUCUACUUAUUUGGCAGAUAUGCGAAAUAACAAAGAUUUCUCAUCUUUACCAUUUGACCACAUUAUGCGGAUAAUUUUAAGCAAAAGUAUCUGGUCAGGUAGCCCUAAGACUACGAAAAGCGAUGUGCUUAAAGUUUGUCAAGUUUGCUCCGAAUGGAUUUGCGCCGGUUUGGAGAAUAGACUUCCUCAUGUAGCAAAGCUCGUCAAUGCUGUUAAACGAAGAUUACGUUACAUGAAUGGAGUGAAGGAUGAUGAUUGUAAUACGGUGUUGUCCGAAAUCGCCGAAAAAAUAAAUCCUGAAAUGAUGACGAAGCUAUUCUAUAAAUUUUUGAUGUGCAAUGGAGACAUAAAUCGAGUUCACAAUCUUGAUCUACCGGAAGAUAGAAAAAGAAAACGUUCAACCAGUCCUGAACAAAAUCAACGAACAAAGUUGGCAAAACUUGUAGAAAAUAAUUAUUUCUACGAUAUCGUAGUCAAUGUUGGAGAAAAAACCUAUAAACUUCAUCGAUUUAAAUUGAAUUCAGCGUCCGGAUACUUCUCUAAAGUUUUUUCCACCAAGCAGCAAUCCAACUCCACAGACGUUCAAUGUGCAGAAGUAUCAACUCAGCAGUCAAAUAAAUAUGAGACUUACUCGCUUCGUGAUGUUGAUCGGACCUCAUUCGAUAUAAUCGUCGAAUAUUUAUAUUUCGAUGAAUUGCGAUUAACAUCCAAAACCAUAACUCGUGUACUGAGAGCUGCCAAAUCUUUGAAAAUGAAAAAAGUAUUUAAUGCCUGUAUAUCUUGGAUAAAGACUCAUAUUGAGGAAGUUUGUGCGAAAGUUUUAAUCAUCGAUAAAUGCAUGUCUACGUCGUGGAUGAAAGACAAUAUCGAAGAAAUUGUUUCAAGAUUUCUCACCAUAUCCGAUACAGACGAUACAUUGGUUAUCUGUUUAAUUACUUUCGAAAUGUUGGAAGAUUUACUUUUGUCCUCGACGCAUUGCUGCGAUAAUCCGCAUCAAAUUGUAGACGCAUGUUCGAAAUGGAUUUUCCACGAUGUAAAAAAUCGAUAUCAUUUAAUACCAGAAAUCGCCCUUGCAAUUAAUCGCAAUCGCAAUUACUAUAAAAUCGAAGCGUCUACGGAUUUAAUCAACUGUUCAUCGGAGCAACCGAUUCGAGACGAAUUAUCCAAGAUUUUAAAUUGUACUUCGUUGAUUCCAUGCACUGAGGAAAUACCGAAGAAUGGUACGAAAAAGAAAUGGAAAGAAGUUCCUGUAUUUGUCGCAUUGUCCGAGAAAUUGACAACAAUUCAUGUUUUGAACGCUGAUUUAGAAGAAAUCGACUCAUUGUGUCUUUCUGAGCUUUUGGAAUUUGGAAUUCGUCUGGCUAAUGACGUUUCUGUGGCGGCGACAUUAAUUGAUAAUAAUUUAUUCAUUAUGUUUUCAUCGUGUUCUUUGAAUGGUAAUUUUCUUUGGUUUAGUGCGUACAAUUUAUCAUUGAAAAAAUUCAUCUCUUUGAAUAACUGCGUAGAAGUGAAAAAAACAACUCGAUGGUCUCCCAGUAUGUAUACGAGCUCGCUGUUGAAUUGUCGCGGCCAAGUUUACUGUUGUUUCAAACGGGGCCACGUAUUGAAAUAUUCGAUCGAAUUGAAUCGUUGGAUGAAGUUUUCGGAAAAGCCGAUAUUUCCUGAUGAGAGCCCGAAAGAUGAUAGGAAUGACGUAUGGUUUACAAGUGAUGGAAAUAAGUUGUACAGGUUGUAUGCUAACUGUAUUACUGAUCCUGAAGUUCAGAAUAUCUCGUCGUUGAAUCCUACUUUAACAUAUGUUGUGGAAGAAUUCGAUUUUCAACAAAACGUGUGGUUGUCUUUGCCCGAUAUGUCAUUUACACGAAGGUGUUACGAGGUGAAAAAUUUUACUAUCGUUAGAGGUGGCCAACUUACUGUGAUAUUAGGAUCAUGCUUCAUGUCAUUUUAUCGGAAUUCAAGUAGUUGGCGCGAGUUUCCUCUGGUGAACUAUUUCAAUUUCAAUUUCAAUUUCAAAUUUAUUCGUGCAAUGGGCAGCUAUGCUGCAUUUACAAAAGUCAUCUUAAGUUUAAGUAGAUGUGGUUAAGGAUAAAUAUAGAUAAGUACUACUAAUGAUGCUAACAUUAAAAUUUAAAUGGAAUAAAAGUAUACACAUAAAUAAUAGAAAAUAAUACAUUUCAGAGCAAACAAACUUUGCCAUGAUUUUACUCCAGCUGCACAAACUCAUCAAUGCUGUAGAACGCAUAUCCCUGUAACCAGUUUUUGAGUGGUUUUGAAAUUUAUAAGAAAUCUUUCCUGUUGAUUCAGUGUGAAGAUAGACUUUUACAUAUGGUCCGCAACAAACUCUAUCAAUGGUCUCGAAGAAAUCGAAACUGGCAAUUGAAAAAAGAACUACCGGUUUGUGCAGAUAAUAAGGGCCCCUAUGAAUGCAUUAGUGCCGUUCAUAGGCCCAAUGUUCGCACAGAUUAAUGUAAUGCGUCGAGUAAUUUUUCUGUUCAAUUAUUUUUUUUCUUAUUAAUAAUAUUGUGCAAAGACUGAUUUAAUUAAAAGUAAUUAUUCUGCA